UUUCAAACCUGAAUUUUCAGUUUCAGUCUUAACUUUCAAUCGAGAACAUGUCUUAUGGUAAUCAGCGGAGCAAUACUGGCGGUUAUCAGCGUAUUUUGAUAGUCUUCUGUGUAUUGGUGGCAUUGUUGUGUGAAGGGGUGUCAGCCGGGCAGGUUAACCAAGUAAAAAAGUGUGCCGAAAUCAAUGAAUAUUGCCAAAACCACUGGGAUUGCUGUUCCAAUAGCUGUCUGAGCUAUUUGUAUCGCUGUGUGCGCAGUUACAAUGUCUAUCCAUAUCCAUUUUUGGGUGUAACCCGCAUACCCACAGUUACUUUGGAAGAUAUCUUGGCUCAGAAUUUUGGACCACAAAAUGUAAAACCAGCUCCGGCGGUUGCGGCUGCUGUUCCGGUUGCACCAGCCCCGGUACCGGCUUAUAAGGUGCCAUCAUUUGAAUCUAGGUUCAAUGGUGAUGAUAAUGCCAUUGCCAAUAAUGACGAUAAAGAGGUGAAGGUGGAUAUUGUAUUACAAGACCAAAAGCCAGUGUUAUUGGAAACAACCACAGAUGUCGCCACAACAGAUGCCGCUACAACUGAGCCAUGCAAAGAAAUUGGUUCUAAGUGCUAUAACGAUAAUGAGUGUUGCACAAAUCGUUGCCACGGUUUCCUCCACAAGUGUGUAACGUAAAUGUUCGACGUCAGACAAUUGCAGCAUUGGAAAAGGUCAUUUUGAAAUCAAAGGUUACUUUCUGUUAUCAGCAGUUUUUUUAAUUAUAUUCAUUUGAUGUGAGACAUAUUUUAAUAAAAAAAUAACAAAUAUUUAUUACAUGAAGAAAUUAAAUGAAGAAGAAUUUCAGCUCAGAUAUAUUUAUAUUUAAAAUAUAUUAAAUCGAAUAUUAUCGAUUAAACCCUA